AUGCGCGGCCUGCGGGCGGGGGGCGGGGCUGAGCGCGGCGGCGCCGGAGCCGGAGCCGGAGCCGGAGGGAGCCUCGCCCGGCCGGAGGGAGACGCGGCUGCCCGGCCCGGAGCGGCCCCGGAAUGUAAUCGGGCGGAGACGGGCCUCCCGGGGGCGGCGGGGGUGCAGCCUGGAAAAUCCUGUCCCUGGUUAGAAAGCCCUGUGAAGAAGCAGCCCCUGGAAACCAUGCAGGGGGGGAAGCCCUUCGACCGAAGGUCCCCUCCAAGGAAGCAGGGGAAGCAGGGGGGACUCUCCACGUGCUCCGUGUGUGGGAAACCGUUUGCUCACUGGUCCCUCCUUUUGAUCCACCGGAAGCUGCACACGGGGAAUGCAUCGCAUCUGUGUGUGGAGUGUGGCAAAUCCUUUCCUGGAGUCUGGGGCUUUGCCAAACAUCUCAGGGGCCACCCCAGACUAAGGCCCUACAAAUGUAGAGAGUGUGGAAAUCGUUUUGCUAGAGGCUCGGACCUUGGAACCCAUCAGAAAAUCCACCAGGGAAGGAGACCUCAGGAAUGGCGGAAGUGCCGGAAAAGGUUUCCUGAGAGAAGGUGUCUUUCUAGGCCUCCGAAGGGCCCCACUAAAGAGAAGCCCUGCAGAUGUGGGCAGUGUGGGCUAUGCUUUUCCCAAAAGUCCGAACUUCUUCAACAUGUGCAGAUCCACACUGGAGAGAAACCUUAUAAAUGUCUGGAACCUGGCAAAUCAUAUAAUCCAAAACCAAUCCUUAAGGUCCAUGAGAAAGGUCACACAGGAGGGAAACCUUACAAGUGCUGGCAAUGUGGGAAGGGCUUUACUUGCAACUCAGAGCUUCAGAUCCAUGAGAGGAUUCACACAGGAAUAAAACCAUAUAAAUGCUUUGAGUGUGGAAAAAGUUUCGCUCAAAGUUCAUCUCUUUGGAGUCAUGAGAAAACACACAGAGGGGAGAAAAACGAAAAGUGCCUAGAAUGUGGGAAAUGUUUUUCUGUCAAAUCAAGCCUGCUGCGACAUCAGAGAAUUCAUACCGGAGACAGACGCUAUAAAUGCCCAGAAUGUGAGAAACAAUUUGUGCAAUCUUCUGAACUUCAGAGACACCAGAUGUGGCACAAAGGAGAGAAACCCUAUAAAUGUGAGGAGUGUGGGAAAUGCUUUUCCCGAAAAGAAUGCCUUGGAAGUCAUCAGUGUGUCCACACAGGCGAGAAACCAUACAAGUGUGUGGAAUGUGGGAAAUAUUUUGCUCGAAGGGCAGGACUUUGGAAACAUCAAACAGUUCACACAGGGGAGAAGCCCUAUCAGUGCAUCGAGUGUGAAACAUUUUUUCGUACGGCAUCAGGCCUCAGAUAUCAUGUGAAAGUUCACACAGGAGAAAAGAAUUACAAAUGUUUAGACUGUGGGAGAGCAUUUUCUUGUCAAUCAACCCUUAGAAAUCACACCCGCCUAAUGCAUAUUGGAGAGACGCCCCAUAAAUGCUUGCAGUGUGAUAAAUGUUUUUCCAGGAAAGAAUCUCUUUUAAAGCAUCAGAGAAUUCAUACUGGAGAAAAGCCUUACCAAUGUCUGGAGUGUGGAAAAUCCUUUCCUUACAAAGAAUAUCUUAGAAACCACGAGAGAAUUCAUACAGCAGAGAAACCUUAUGAAUGCGGGCAAUGUGGGAAGGGCUUUAUCCAUAAUUCUUCUCUUCGGGUCCAUGAGAAAACACACAGAGGGGAAAAAGAUGAAAAGUGCCUAGAAUGUGGGAGAUGUUUUUCCAGGAAAUCAAACCUGGUACGACAUCAGAAAAUUCAUACCGGAGAAAGACCCUAUGAAUGCCCAGAGUGUGAGAAACGAUUUGUGGAUUCUUCUGAUCUUCGGAAACACCAGAUGAGGCACAGAGGAGAGAAACCCUAUACAUGUGGGGAGUGUGGAAAAUGUUUUUCCCAAAAACAACAACUUGGAACACAUCAGAGAGUUCACACUGGAGACAGACCCUAUGAAUGCCCAGAAUGUGAGAAACGAUUUGCAUAUUUUUCUGCAUUUCGGAGACACCAAAAUGGGCACCGAGGAGAGAAGCCGUACAAAUGUGGGGAGUGUGGGAAAUGCUUUUCCCAAAAAGGCUGCCUUGGAAGUCAUCAGAGUGUCCAUACAGGAGUGAGGCCAUACAAAUGUGUAGAAUGUGGGAAAAGUUUUUCUCGAAAGGCAGGACUUUGGAGACAUGAGAAAACUCACACAGGGGAGAAGCCCUAUCAAUGCAUCGAGUGUGGAACAUCUUUUUGUACAAAAUCAGGCCUGAGACGUCAUGUGAAUGUUCACACAGGGCAAAAGAAUUACAAAUGUUUAGACUGUGGGAGAACAUUUGCUUAUUCGUCAAACCUUAGAAAUCACAGCCGCCUAAUGCAUAUAGGAGAGACGCCCCAUAAGUGCUUAGAGUGCAAUAAAUGUUUUUCCAGGAAAGAAACUCUUUUGAAGCAUCAGAGAAUUCAUACCGGAGAAAAACCUUAUCAGUGUCUGGAGUGUGGGAAAUCCUUUCCUUACAACGAAGCUCUUAGAAACCACGAGAGAAUUCACACAGGAGAGAAACCUUACAAAUGUGGGCAAUGUGGGAAGGGCUUUACUUGGAAAUCAAAGCUUUUGUUACAUGAGGAGAUUCACACAGGAUUAAAACCUUAUCAAUGCUCUGAGUGUGGAAGAAGUUUCGCUCAAAGUAAAUAUCUUUGGAGGCAUAAGAAAAUACACAAAGGGGAGAAAAAUCAGUGCCUAGAAUGUGGGAAAUGUUUUUCCACCAAAUCAAGCCUUGUGCGACAUCAGAAAAUUCACACCGGAGACAGACCCUAUGAAUGCCCAGAAUGUGAGAAACGAUUUGUGGAGUCUGCUGAACUUCGGAGACACCAGAAGGGGCACAGAGGAGAGAAGCCGUAUAAAUGUGGGGAGUGUGGGAAAAGUUUUAGCUCAGCAACGCUGCUUCGGAAUCAUCAGAGAAUCCACACGGGGGAGAAACCAUUCAAAUGUGGGGAGUGUGGGAAAUGCUUUUCCCAAAAGCAACACCUUCGAAGGCAUCAGAGGGUCCAUACAGGAGCGAAGCCAUAGAGAUAAGCAGAAUGUGGGAAAGGUUUUUCUCGAAAGGCGGGACUUUGUGAACAUCAGAAAACUCACACAGGGGAGAAGCUCUACCUGUGCCCCGAAUGUGGAACAUUUUUGUUGUACAUCAGCCCUAAGAAGUCAUGU